AUGGAAGGGAGAGUAAAAGAAAUUUCAAAACUUCUUGAAUCUGCUAUGAGGCUAUCUUGCAUCAUCAAAAAAGGUAUCUUAUUUAACAAAACGUCAGCGCUAGUUAAGUUCUCCACCGAAGAACCAUAUCAGAGUCAAGGCCGAGAUUUCUUUAAGCUAUACGGCUUCAACUCACUUCUUCCUUUAACCCAAGCUAACUCUGAAUAUUAUUCUCCUUCAAGGCAUCAUAAAAUCUUAAUCAGAGGCGAAAAAGAAGAAGAGCAAUAUAUAGAAGUUUGGGAUCAGCAUAGAUUAAGACUUGUAAAAGAACUUAAAAAAGUUCAUUCAACUAUUAUAGAGAACCCUGUUUUCGGAGAAAUUUCUUGGAGCAGUGAUGAGAGAUAUAUUGCUUACAUCGCCGAAGCUUCAAAGAAAAAAUCUGGGUCAUUUUGGAGUGGUGAAGAAGAUGUCGGCAAUACAAAUCUCUAUAAAGAAAAUUUCGGAGAAGGGCUUGCUAAUGUUACUAAUCCUAGGUUAUAUGUUUUUGACAUAAAAGAAAAUUCAGUUUCAGAAAUUCCUUUACCAGCUGACAUAUAUCCAGCACAAUCAAGGUUCAGACCUAAUUCGUAUGAUUUAGUUAUUGUUGGAUUAAAAAAGACUCCAUACAAAGUAGGAAUGGCUGCAAUGCUUAACAGAGAAUCCAAUCUAUAUCAAAUUAAUCUCGAUACUAAAGAAGUUAUUAAAAUUGAUACCCAAGAUACAUUGCAAGGAAUUGUUUUUCCUAGAUUUAAUCCAAGUGGCACUUUACUAGCAUAUUAUGGAGUUCCAAAAGGAAAAAGAGCCCAUAUGAUGUGCUUAUCAAUUAAUUUGCUUGACUGGGAAAAUAAAGCUCCUCGCUGCCUUGUUGAUGUUGUUGAAGACUAUAAUGAUCAUUUUAAUGGAAUUUAUGGAUUUCACGAUUCACUUUCAACAUUAAACUGGCUUAAUGAUGAAAAAUUAAUAUUUGAGACACAUCAUAAAGGAAGCGAUUGCAUAUUUACAGCUGAUUUAAAUGGAAAUGUCAGUGAAUUUACUUAUGAUCUUCUAAAGCCAUAUCAUUUAUCCUUACUCGAUGUGCAGCAAGACACUGCUUUAAUUAGAGCUGCAAAUGGCUUAAAUUUCCAUAGAAUUCUUAUCGCUAAUCAUACUAAUGGUAUAUGGUCCAACACUUUGAUUGAUAAUCUAACCCCAACACCUACAACUCCUGAAGAAGAAAAAAUAAUAGACGCUUUAAAUAGCGCGACUAUGACUACAAUUAAACAUCAAAAUACAGAAAUGUCAAGCUUUUUAUAUCAUACUUCUCCAGGCAACCCCUUAUAUAUAAUGCCGCAUGGUGGUCCACAUUCUUCAGCGUUUAUAGAUUUUACAUGGUCUUUAGGUGUAAGAUUGGCACUGGGCUAUAAUGUUUUGAUGCCUAAUUAUAGGGGAAGCACUGGGUAUGGCAGUAAAAAUUUAGAAGCUUUACUAAAAAAUGUUGGAACUAUGGAUGUUGAAGACUGCUUGGAGUCUUUAGAGCUUGCCAAACAUUAUGUGGAUACAAACUAUGUGAUAUCAUAUGGUGGAAGCCAUGGAGGAUUUUUAAGUGCACACUUAGCAUCAACUGGAGUGCCCAAACUAAGUAUUGUCGUAAAUGGUGUUACUGAUAUUUCUUCAAUGAGUUUAGUGACUGAUAUAACAGAUUGGUGUUAUGCUGAAGUAUUUAACGAAGAUCCAGUUUUCCCUCCAACUGAGGCUCACAUUGCAGGGAUGUAUAGAGCUUCACCUGUAGCUAGGUCUGGAAAUAUUAGCAUACCAGUUCUAAUUGUGACAGGAGGCUCUGAUAAACGUGUUCCACCUCAUUCCUCAAUGCAACUCUAUAGAAUCUUAAAAGGUAGAGGAGUUGACGUAAAGUUACUUUGGUAUGAUAAUGAUGGACAUAGUCUCUUAAGCAAAUCGACAGCUUACGACUUUAUAGCUAACCAGUUUGUUUGGGUUGAAGAAAAGAUAAAAGGAUCAGCAUAA